AUGUAUGAAGAAAAUAAUUUGUCUUUAUUAGAUAAUUCUGAAAUUCAAGAAUUCUUAGAAAAUAAUCUUUUAGAAAAUAAAUCUUGGUCUGAAGAAGAAAUUUCUAAGUUUAAAAUAUUAUAUUAUAAAACAAAAGAUAUUUUAGAAAAUCAUGAUGAUGAUAAUCAAAAUUUAGAAAAUGAAAUAAAUUUAUUACAAAAUAAUAAAUUUAAAGAAUCUUAUGAUAAAAGAUGUUGUGAAAAAAAUUGUUUACAAACUCAAUGUGAUUAUUCAGUAGCUUUAUUCAGACAUAUAAAUUUUAAAAACCUUUCUAAAUCUUUUCAGGAUAUAUAUUUAUUAGGUAUUAUUUCUGCUACUAAACGAUCUGAUAUAGUUAGAAAUUUAAAAAAAACUAAACUUUCUACAGAUAUAUUUUUGAAAGAAAAUCAAUUUGUUUUAAUGCUUUUAAAACAAUUUAUGGACUUGGAGAUAAAAGAUGGAAAAAUUUAA